AUGGUGGAGAAACUAACCCCUCACCUUGAAAAGAAGACCACGUUCAUGAGAGAACCGCUGAGAGGUCUGCAAAGCCAGCAUGAGGUCUUCAAUGACGAAGUAUACAGGUGCCCCAAAACUAAAGAGGAGUGGAAGGAGGUUGCUGAAAGUUUUCGUUCCAUAUGGAACUACCGCAAGUGUCUGGGGGCUGUAGACGGCAAGCACUUUGCUAUGAAGAAGCCACCCAAAGCUGGAUCAUUCUACUACAACUAUAAGGGCUUCACAAGUUCUUGUAUGUUGAUGUUGGGGCAGAGGGUUGUGCUUCAGAUGGAGAAACAUGGAAGAACUGCUGCACAGAGGGGAUACAGAGACGUUUUGGAGUUUCUCGUGUGUACGGGAAGUAAUGUGUCCCAAGUUGAUGACGACGGCCACAAUGUCCUGCACUUUGCCUGCCGUGGUGGACAGUUGGAUAUUGUGCAGUAUCUAGUUUCACAAGGCAGUGUUGAUAUUAACAGUAGUAAUAAACACGGAAGGACCCCUUUGAUGGAGGCUGCAUUACGCGGACACAAAGACGUUUUUGAGUUCCUCGUGAAAAUGGGAGCUAAUGAGUCACACGUGGAUAAUGAUGGAGACAACAUCCUUCAUCUGGCCUCUUCAUAUGGACGUAUGGAGAUGGUAAAGCACAUCCUGUCACAUAACCUGGUCGACAUUAACGCCAAGGGACAAGGAUGGGAAAAACGGCAGCCAUGA